UCUGUACUUGUUCAAGAGCGGACGCAUGCAGAACCUCGAAAUGGCAGUUGCUCAAAUAUGCUGUCUUCUUCUGAUAUUAUGUCUCACACGAGUAGAUGGACAAGCAUGCCCAUCAACCGGAUUCUCAUGUGUUAGCAACUGUAAUGCCGCAGGACUAGUUCCCGCUUUCACGUGUCCAAUUGGUCAGGUGUGCUGUUUAGAUCCCUUUAUUAUACCAACAACGACCAUGCCACCCUGCACUAUUGCCGGGAUCGCAUGUGUUGCCAGUAGUAACUGUAACCCCAUAGGAAUUAUUGCUGCUCGCCAGUGUCCAAGUGGUCAGGUGUGCUGUGUCGAUGCCCUUACAUUACCAACAACAACGACCUUAGCAACAACGACCCUUCAACCCUGCACUGAUGCCGGAAUCUCAUGUAUUGCUACAAGUAACUGUAACUCCUUUGGAAUUAUUGCUAGUCGCCAGUGUCCAAGUGGUCAGGUUUGCUGUGCCGAUGCCCUUACUUUAGCAACAACAACGACCUUAGCAACAACUACCGUAGCAACAACAAUCUUAGCAACAACGACCUUAGCAGCAACGACCUUAUCAACUACGACCCUAGCAACAACAACACUUCAACCCUGCACUGAUGCCGGAAUCUCAUGUAUUGCUACAAGUAACUGUAACUCCUUUGGAAUUAUUACUAGUCGCCAGUGUCCAAGUGGUCAGGUUUGCUGUGCCGAUGCCCUUACUUUAGCAACAACAACGACCUUAGCAACAACCACCUUAGCAACAACGACCUUAGCAACAACAACACUUCAACCCUGCACUGAUGCCGGAAUCUCAUGUAUUGUCAUGAGUAGCUGUAACUCCAUUGGAAUUAUUCCUGGUCGCCAGUGUCCAAGUGGUCAGGUUUGCUGUGCCGAUGCCCUUACUUUAGCAACAACAACGACCUUAGCAACAACCACCUUAGCAACAACGACCUUAGCAACAACAACACUUCAACCCUGCACUGAUGCCGGAAUCUCAUGUAUUGUCAUGAGUAGCUGUAACUCCAUUGGAAUUAUUCCUGGUCGCCAGUGUCCAAGUGGUCAGGUUUGCUGUGCCGAUGCCCUUACUUUAGCAACAACAACGACCUUAGCAACAACCACCUUAGCAACAACGACCUUAGCAACAACAACACUUCAACCCUGCACUGAUGCCGGAAUCUCAUGUAUUGUCAUGAGUAGCUGUAACUCCAUUGGAAUUAUUCCUGGUCGCCAGUGUCCAAGUGGUCAGGUUUGCUGUGCCGAUGCCCUUACUUUAGCAACAACAACGACCUUAUCAACAACCACCUUAGGAACAACCACUUUAGCAACAACGACCUUAGUAACAACAACACUUCAACCCUGCACUGAUGCCGGAAUCUCAUGUAUUGUCAUGAGUAGCUGUAACUCCAUUGGAAUUAUUCCUGGUCGCCAGUGUCCAAGUGGUCAGGUUUGCUGUGCCGAUGCCCUUACUUUAGCAACAACAACGACCUUAUCAACAACCACCUUAGGAACAACCACUUUAGCAACAACGACCUUAGUAACAACAACACUUCAACCCUGCACUGAUGCCGGAAUCUCAUGUAUUGUCAUGAGUAGCUGUAACUCCAUUGGAAUUAUUCCUGGUCGCCAGUGUCCAAGUGGUCAGGUUUGCUGUGCCGAUGCCCUUACUUUAGCAACAACAACGACCUUAGCAACAACCACCUUAGCAACAACGACCUUAGCAACAACAACACUUCAACCCUGCACUGAUGCCGGAAUCUCAUGUAUUGUCAUGAGUAGCUGUAACUCCAUUGGAAUUAUUCCUGGUCGCCAGUGUCCAAGUGGUCAGGUUUGCUGUGCCGAUGCCCUUACUUUAGCAACAACAACGACCUUAUCAACAACCACCUUAGGAACAACCACUUUAGCAACAACGACCUUAGUAACAACAACACUUCAACCCUGCACUGAUGCCGGAAUCUCAUGUAUUGUCAUGAGUAGCUGUAACUCCAUUGGAAUUAUUCCUGGUCGCCAGUGUCCAAGUGGUCAGGUUUGCUGUGCCGAUGCCCUUACUUUAGCAACAACAACGACCUUAGCAACAACCACCUUAGGAACAACCACUUUAGCAACAACGACCUUAGUAACAACAACACUUCAACCCUGCACUGAUGCCGGAAUCUCAUGUAUUGUCAUGAGUAGCUGUAACUCCAUUGGAAUUAUUCCUGGUCGCCAGUGUCCAAGUGGUCAGGUUUGCUGUGCCGAUGCCCUUACUUUAGCAACAACAACGACCUUAUCAACAACCACCUUAGGAACAACCACUUUAGCAACAACGACCUUAGUAACAACAACACUUCAACCCUGCACUGAUGCCGGAAUCUCAUGUAUUGUCAUGAGUAGCUGUAACUCCAUUGGAAUUAUUCCUGGUCGCCAGUGUCCAAGUGGUCAGGUUUGCUGUGCCGAUGCCCUUACUUUAGCAACAACAACGACCUUAUCAACAACCACCUUAGCAACAACGACCUUAGCAACAACAACACUUCAACCCUGCACUGAUGCCGGAAUCUCAUGUAUUGUCAUGAGUAGCUGUAACUCCAUUGGAAUUAUUCCUGGUCGCCAGUGUCCAAGUGGUCAGGUUUGCUGUGCCGAUGCCCUUACUUUAGCAACAACAACGACCUUAGCAACAACCACCUUAGGAACAACCACUUUAGCAACAACGACCUUAGUAACAACAACACUUCAACCCUGCACUGAUGCCGGAAUCUCAUGUAUUGUCAUGAGUAGCUGUAACUCCAUUGGAAUUAUUCCUGGUCGCCAGUGUCCAAGUGGUCAGGUUUGCUGUGCCGAUGCCCUUACUUUAGCAACAACAACGACCUUAGCAACAACCACCUUAGGAACAACCACUUUAGCAACAACGACCUUAGUAACAACAACACUUCAACCCUGCACUGAUGCCGGAAUCUCAUGUAUUGUCAUGAGUAGCUGUAACUCCAUUGGAAUUAUUCCUGGUCGCCAGUGUCCAAGUGGUCAGGUUUGCUGUGCCGAUGCCCUUACUUUAGCAACAACGACCUUAGCAACAACCACCUUAGCAACAACCACUUUAGCAACAACAACACUUCAACCCUGCACUGAUACCGGAAUCUCAUGUAUUGUCACUAGUAACUGUAACUCCUUUGGAAUUAUUUCUGGUCGCCAGUGUCCAAGUGGUCAGGUUUGCUGUGCCGAUGCCCUUACUUUAGCAACAACGACCUUAGCAACAACGACCUUAGCAACAACCACUUUAGCAACAACAACACUUCAACCCUGCACUGAUACCGGAAUCUCAUGUAUUGUCACUAGUAACUGUAACUCCUUUGGAAUUAUUUCUGGUCGCCAGUGUCCAAGUGGUCAGGUUUGCUGUGUCGAUGCCCUUACUUUAGCAACAACGACCUUAGCAACAACGACUUUAGCAACAACAACACUUCAACCCUGCACUGAUACCGGAAUCUCAUGUAUUGUCACUAGUAACUGUAACUCCUUUGGAAUUAUUUCUGGUCGCCAGUGUCCAAGUGGUCAGGUUUGCUGUGUCGAUGCCCUUACUUUAGCAACAACGACCUUAGCAACAACGACCUUAGCAACAACGACCAUAGCAACAACAACACUUCAACCGUGCACUGUAACUGGCAUCUCGUGUGUUGGCACAAGUAGAUGUCCUUCCGCAGCAGUCAUAAAUGCAAGAGAGUGUCCAAGUGGACAGGUGUGCUGUGUCAGUUCUUUGGUCACUUAAUAAGAACUCAAAGGAUGAGAUUUAACAGACACAGAGUACGAAGCCUGAGAUAACACGUCAUUGUCUGUAUAAACACUCAUGUGAAUAAAAAGGUAACUCUACAA